AUGGUGGCUUUGAGAAACACAGUCCUGAUUUUCUGUGUUGCAAUGGCUUUUCUGGGAACCUGCUCCAGUUAUACUGCAUCGGAUGCUGUAUACAGAGCUGGGGUUGUUUACCAUGUUGGUGACUCCGGUGGGUGGAGUAUCUUCUCUGAUUACAAUAAAUGGAGUUCCACAAAAGAGUUUCAUGUGGGAGAUACUCUAAUUUUCACCUACGAUAAGAUGUUCCAUAAUUUGAUGCAAGUCGAUGGGAAAGAUUACCAAGCGUGCAACACCAAGUCACCUAUCGUCUUGUAUGAUACCGGAUCUGAUGCAAUCAAUCUCAAGAAACCCGGCAACUAUUAUUUUAUCGGUGGUAGAAAUUUCGAACCGGAGUGGUAUGCUAUGACUCUCAAGGAACCCAGCCACUGCCAAGCAGGGCAAAAACUUCACGUCAAGGUAACUCUACCGAUACCAAAUCAUCAUUUGGUUGCAAGUCCAAUCCCAGCACCAGCACCCAAGUGA